CCCGCUGACCCCCCCGGCAGGGGCCCGCAGGAUGCUGGCGCGGGGCUGGCGGCGGCUCUUCACGGGGCGGCUGCUGCUGCUGACCAACACGGCGAGCUGCGGAGCCAUGCUGGCCACCGGGGACGUGCUGCAGCAGGCCUGGCACUGCCGGCGGCACCCGGGCACCGACCUGCAGCCGGCGCGCACAGGGCGGAUGUUCGCCAUCGGCUGCAGCAUGGGCCCGCUCAUGCAUUACUGGUACCUGUGGCUCGACGCUGCCUUCCCGGCGCGGGGCGUGAGGGGGCUCAGAACCAUCCUCAAGAAAGUCUUCAUGGACCAGCUGGUGGCAUCGCCCGCCCUGGGCGCCUGGUACUUCCUGGGCAUGGGCACGCUGGAGGAGGCUCUGAGGGAGAGCUGGGAGGAGCUGAAGGACAAAUUCUGGGAGUUUUACAAGGCUGACUGGUGCGUCUGGCCCGGGGCUCAGCUCAUCAACUUCCUCUUCGUGCCCCCCAAGUACCGGGUGAUUUAUGUCAACGUGGUCACGCUGGGCUGGGACACGUACCUCUCCUACCUCAAACACAGGCCCGGCACCCCCCCGAGCACGGAGCACAGCCAGCGCAGGGCCGGGGAUGUGAAGGAGCUGCUCUCAUGGCAGCGUUUUCCAGAGGCUUCUCCCCAUGAGCUGGAGUCGCUGAGCUCCUCCUCACCCCCCCUCUCCCCAUCCCCAUGCGUGGGCUCCUGCAGCCACCCGGUGCCUAUAAAUAAGAGCGGUGUGAGCGCAGCCGCCUGCUCGCUGCCACGGCUGAACCCAUGCGGAGGCAGCUGGGUGCUUCUAAGGCAACGCAUCAACGGGAGCUGCCUCAAUGUUGGCUUUCCUAAAGCUUAA